CUAGCAUCCUCGCCCUCGCCUCCUCCCUCGUCUCCUAGCCGCCGUCCUUCUCUGCCCUGCCGCCAGAAGGAGGAUAUCCCACCAUGGCCCAAGUCGUCAGAGUAGUUUCCAGUCUUGCUGAUGUUGACGACGCGCUUCAAGAUCUGGACAUCACUAACACGUAUGAAGCUGAUCAGGUUCGAUUUCAAUUGGAUGAGCGAGCCCCCCUUCAAGAUGCAGCAGCUAUCAGUCUGAGGACCCAUCCAGGAAGGCAUGGAUUCAUAUUGGUUAAUCCAGAGUUGUUGAAGUGCAAGUCUAAGACCAAGGGGACAUUAGAGGAGUCCUUCAACAACAUGCUUGACGCAUCCCUGGAGCGGAUGAAUCAAGAGAUGGAGGGAGUUGAAGCAAGCAUAGCAUUCCUGAAGGUCCUUGUGCUCUACGAUGACAAACAGAUGGCUCAGAUGGCACCUAAUGGACCUCCACUUCUCGAAAGAAAUCGGGGAGUACAACAUGCCAUCUAUCCACACCCUCCUUUCCCAGAAGAUCCUAGCUUUGAGCAUGCCACACCCCAACAGAGAGUCCCAUAUCAACAUGCUUAUGGUACACAACAAGAGAGGGAUGAGGCAGCUGCUCGUGACAGGCGUGCCCAGAGGGCCCUCUGGCAUGCCAAACUCCGGAUUUUGGAGGCAAGGCAGUCCAUCUUGAAGGACAAGAGGUCUGAGAUGAUGUCAAAGAUGAGGGUGGAGUUCAAGAGGAUUAUGGAGGAACCAUCUGACUUAGGGGUUGGUUACGCGGACUAUGAAUUUCCUCCAUUGGCGUAGUAGGAGCUUACCCUUUGAAGCAACAUGGCUUGCCAUUUGACCUUUUGCUGGAGCUGUGCUACCCCAAGAUUUGUCGAACAACUCCUUGUCAACAAUGCCAGCUUAAUUACCUAUUUAUGUACUCCUUUUGGUUGUAGUGCUUAAACUGGUACUCUCUAGUAUUACAAACCGAGCAUGUUAUGGACUAUAGUGCUGCACUGCCGAGUAGGCUGGCCUGUAGGUUGCAGUGUAGACUUUAAAUUCCUGGUUGUAUGAUGUACUGUAUGCGACCUUGUGAAUUGUGAUGUUGGUGACUUGAUAACCGACAAUGUUGGAUUUAACUGUUAGGUUAUUUGAUUGAUCA